GCACCGCCAAAGCCCGAACCAUCCGUCCCCCUCCGGCGCCGACCCACCACCGUCGCUCGCCAUGGAGCCCGUGGAGAUGGACCGCAUCGCCGCCCGGCUCUCCGCCGUGGAUGGCCUCUACUUCCCCACGGCCUUCCUCCGCGCCUCGCCGCCGCCGCCGGCGCGCAAGUCGGCCCUCCUCGACCUCCUCUCCCGCGACGCCCCGCUCUUCCUCGAGCGGUACGGCGCCGCGCUGCGCCCGGACGAGCUGGCCCCCUUCGACGCGCUCCGGGACGACUACGAGGUGGGGUGGCACCUCCGCCGCCUCCGCGCCGCGGCCGCCGGGGAGACCCCCGCCCCCGCGCGCGUGCGCAACCGGCGCCGCGCCCACCUCCACCGCCUGGUGACCCAGGGGGACUACUUCUCCGAGGAGGCGAUGCGGGAGCGGGAGCCGUACCUGCACCACGAGUACCUCGGCAGGUUCCAGGACCCCUUCGGGCGGGCCAUGGUGCGGCCCGGGGAGAAGUUCUCCGAGACGCUGAUGCGGCGGGCAGAGGAGGCCGUCAUCGUGGAGAAGAUCCGCGGGGAGCAGAUCAGGAGGGGUGUUGACCCCAGCGAGUGGGUCGGCGGUCCCGUUGAGCGACCGGUGAUGGGGCAGGAGGAGGAGGAGGAGGAAGAGGAAGAGGAAGAGGAAGAGGAGGAUGAAGAGAACAUCGGCAUGGAGGAGAACACCGAGAAUCUUAGUUCGACUGAGGUGGUUGCACACGACGAUAACGGUGGUUGCCCCAACGAGACUGCAGCCCCCCCUGCAGGGACUUUCAAGCCAAUAUUAUCCCCUGAGGAGAUGGAGGAUCAGCUGGAGCAGUUCACCUCGGUGAUGCAGGAGAAGUUCCUGUCAGGCCAGGACUCGGAGCACAUGGAUUACCCCCAGAUCGACAACGACGAGAUGCUGGACGACCACUGGUCCAGGGAGGCCAACUACGACGCAGAGGACAAGUACUUCAACGAAGAUUAGGACGGUCGAGAACGUAGUCUGCUGCUAUUUAAGUUGCAAUACUCGGUAAGUUGGGGUCAGCCAUGUUUGUUUCUCGGCGGAGUUUGAUACUUUUCAGUCUCGGUUUCACCCUUCGUGCUGUUAGUUUCUCCUUGUCAAAAUGUAGGUCAAGUGCUCCUCCAUGAGCUGAAGGUUGCAUGUAGCAGUAUGAGGGCAAACACCACGUUGUAGUGCCGCUCCACCUGCAGCAGGCUGAACCUGGACACCGGCAACACCUCCACCAGAGCGGUGUUGUCUGUUAGCAGCAUGUAAAUGUAUGAUUAGGACACAACUUACACACGUGAGGGAUCAAAAUAGUUUUGUGCAGCUACCAGUUGAGAGUUGACUCUCCGUCUUGCUAGGGGAAAAACGUAGUCAUCA